ACCAUAACCAAAACUACAACAUGGCCUGCAUGAUACUAGUCUCAAUCAUUUCCAUCCUAACUUUGUAUCCUUCCAUGGCUGCAAAAACCUCCGAUCCAACCAUCCCACAAACCUACAUUGUACAUGUACACCUCCCUCAUCCUCAAAUCUCACCAUCAGACAUAACAAACUUGUACCUCCCUUUCCUGCCUAAAACAACCGAUCCGUUGAGUAUAAUACACUCCUACCGCCACGUGGCCACCGGAUUCGCGGCCCGGUUAACUCCGUCGCAAGCUAAGGAGAUGGAGAAGAUGGAAGGAUUCAUCUCCGCGAGGCCGCAAAACACAUACACACUCCACACAACCCACGCUCCCAACUUCUUGGGCCUGCACAUCAACUCGGGAGCUUGGGCGGCCUCCAACUACGGGAAGGGCGUAAUCAUUGGCGUCAUAGACACCGGUAUCACCCCGAGCCACCCGUCGUUCAGAGACGACGGCAUGCCACCUCCGCCGCCCAAGUGGAAGGGGAAAUGCGAGCUUGAGGGCGCCACGUGCAACAACAAGCUCAUCGGCGCCAGGAAUCUCGUGGGCCGUCUAGCCGGAUCGCCGGCUCUCGAUCAAGAAGGGCACGGGACUCUCACUUCCAGCACCGCCGCAGGGAGCUUCGUCGCCGGCGCUAGCAUGCUGGGCAACGCCAACGGCACCGCAGCAGGAAUAGCGCCCCUCGCGCAUUUGGCGGUUUACAAAGCUUGUUCAUCGUUUGUGUGUGAAGAGAGUGAUAUACUGGCGGCGAUGGAUGCGGCGGUGGACGACGGCGUUGAUGUCAUCUCCGCUUCUCUCGGCAGAGGCCCCGUGAAGUGGUCCGACGACGGCGUUGCGAUCGCUGCAUUUGCUGCGAUCGAGAAGGGGAUUUUUGUGAGCUGCUCGGCCGAUAACGGCGGCCCGAAUAGUUCGACGCUGGCCAACGAGUUCCCGUGGGUUCUAACAGUGGGUGCUAGCACCACUGACAGAGCCAUAAGAGCUGUAGCAGCUCUCGGAAAUGGCGAUGAGUUCGAUGGUGAAUCUCUCUUCCAGCCUAACGAUUUCAGCUCUGUGUUUCUGCCAUUGGUCGAUCCUUCUGCAAUUCGUAAUAAUCAAACAGCGGCCUACUGUAAGCCCUCCGCGUUAGCCGACAUAGAUAUAAAGGGGAAAGUGGUCUUCUGUGCGAGCGGCGGCGGCAUCACCACCGUCGGCAAAGGCCAGGCCGUGAAGGACAGAGGAGGCGCCGCUAUGAUCGUGGCCAACGAUGAGUCCACCGGCUACUCCAUCACAGCCAGCGUACACGUGCUUCCAGCAGCCCACGUGAGCUACGCGGCGGGGCAGAGGAUCAAAGAUUACAUCAACUCAACACCUAUACCAAAAGCAACCGUGGUGUUCAAAGGUACAACCAUCGGUGCAAAGAGUGCACCAAUGGUGGCCUGGUUCUCCUCGAGAGGCCCCAGCCUGUCGAGUCCGGGCAUCUUGAAGCCCGACAUCAUCGGCUCAAGCGUCAGCAUCGUCGCAGCGUGGAACAAAGCCUUGGACAACGACACAAGCAGCGUCAUAAACUUCAACAUGGUUUCGGGCACCUCGAUCUCAUGCCCUCAGCUGAGCGGCGUGGCGGCCCUCAUCAAAAGCGCGCAUCCCGAUUGGUCCCCCGCGGCGGUGAAGUCCGCCAUCAUGACCACCGCCGUUCAAACCAACAUGGGCGGCGGCCUCAUCGUGGACGAGAGGCUCCUCCCGGCGGACGUAUUCGCGGUUGGCGCAGGCCACGUCAGCCCACCCAAGGCGAUAGAUCCAGGCCUAGUGUACGACAUCAACCCUGAAGAUUACGUGGCGUAUUUGUGUGGGCUAAGCUACACGGAAAAGGAGAUCGCGGUGAUCACGAGGCGAGCUGUGAGUUGCGAGGGGAUGGCCAUAUCUGAAGCAGAGCUCAACUUGCCCUCUUUCUCGGUGCAUUUGGGGAAGGAGGCUGCUGCUGUGUAUUCGAGAACGGUGACGAAUGUAGGGGAUGCGGAAUCGAUUUAUCGUCUGGAGAUGGAGAGUGUUGCGGGUGUGGACGUCGUUGUCGAGCCUACGGUGCUUAGGUUUACGGCGAGGAAUCAGAAAAUGACGUACAGGAUCUUGUUUAGCAGAUCGGCGUCUGUUGAUGCAACUUAUGUGCAAGGAUCCAUUGCGUGGGUUGGCUAUGGUGAGAAGCACGUUGUUCGAGCUCCAAUAUCUGUUAAACUUUUGUGAUGAUGAAAUCAACUAAGAUUUUAAUUAUCUC